AUGCUUCAAGAUACUUGUGUCGCCGAUCGCUCUUCUGGCGUGCGGGUCAACGGGUACCCGUGCACAAACUCCGCAAGUCCCGACGACUUCUUCUCGAGCAUCCUCGCGAGUCCAGGCGCCACCAACAACACGAUGGGGUCGAGAGUCACGGGGGCCAACGUCCAAGUGAUCCCGGGCCUCAACACCCUAGGCGUCUCCCUCUCCCGGAUCGACUACGCCCCGGGGGGCCUCAACCCCCCUCACACCCACCCGCGCGCCACCGAGAUCGUCUUCGUCCUUUAUGGGGAGCUCGAUGUGGGCUUCAUCACAACGGCCAACGUCCUAGUGGCAAAAACCAUCAAGAAAGGGGACGCGUUUGCCUUUCCAAAGGGGCUCGUCCACUACCAGAAGAACAACCGUCAGGAACCAGCGGCCGUCAUCUCCGCCUUCAACAGCCAGCUGCCGGGCACACAGUCGAUUGCGGCCACACUGUUUGCCGCCAGUCCGGAAGUGCCGGACCAUGUCCUUACGCAGGCGUUCCAGGUCGGGACCAAGGAGGUUCAAAAGAUCAAGGACAGGCUCGCGCCCAAGAAAUAG